AUACGUUUUUUUAAUGUGUUUUUUUUUUUUUUUUUAAAGAUAUUGUAAACUCUUGACGUCAUGACUUCAAACUAUCCGCUAACGUCGAGCGACCUCGUUCACACCUGUUAGCUUGUUAGCUUAACUUCAGCUGACAAAGUGUCCGGUCAACCUCUCUCAUCGAUGGGGAACUGCCUGUUUUCACAAGGGGCGGAUGACCUGUCGCUGCUGAACGAGUCUGAGGGGGGCAGUCUACCCGGAGAGCCCCCUCCCCCUCCUCCUCCUCCCCCCCCGUACCAGGAGCGCACUCUGUCAGCUCCCGUGUACCAUCCCAACCCAGGUGAGAGUCGUCUGGCUUGCCAGCUUACAGAGGAGGAACAGAUUCGUAUUGCUCAGCGGAUCGGUCUUAUCCAGCACCUCCCCAGAGGCAUCUUCAACCCAGGCUCCGACCCAUCCAACAAGAAAGUGAAAGAGUGUGUGAUCUGCAUGAUGGAUUUUGAGUACAGUGAUCCCAUUCGAUUCUUGCCCUGCCUUCACAUUUACCACGUGGACUGCAUCGAUCCCUGGCUGAUGCGCUCUUUCACCUGCCCUUCCUGCAUGGAGCCAGUGGAUGCUGCCCUGCUGUCCUCGUAUGAAACCAACUAGCCUCCUGCCUACAAGUAAAACUGCCCUCACUGUUCAAACUGGUAGCCAAAGUGUGUGGUGUUACGCCGAUGUUUGGAGGGUCUCUAGGAGGCAGUAAGAUGUUGAAAUCAGUUUCCUUUAUGGUGCGUUGGUUAGGUCUGAUUUGCACCGCUUUCUGCUUUGUAAACUCUUAGCCUUUUACGAUAGGGUAACGUGCCAAAUCAAGAUCCAUGAAGGAUAUGGAAAGCUAUACACGUAGCAAAAAUAUUACUGCAAAGUAAUAUCACUUUUCUAUGACAGAAUGUCUGUUUUUUUAGGUUUUUUUUUUAAUGGUAAUCCGAUGCUUGUCAUCAAUGAAAUUUACUCUCCCAAUUCAGACGUAAUGUGCAAUAUGUUAAUUCAAUGGAGAUAAUGCAGGAAACGUGUUUUGGUCACACGGGCAACAUUGUCAGAAAGUUGGUCAAAUCAUGAAAAAAGGUAACUCGUGAACACAUGGCCUUAACUGUCUAAAGCAAGUGUGUCUUUACUGAUAUGCAAUCCUAACAAAACCCAGAAAAUACAACAAGUGAUAUUAAUGAACCCGGUUUCUUUGAGCAAAUAGUCCAUGAUGAUCAUUUGUCUACAGCAUCGUGACAUAGAGUGG